CUUUCAUAAAGAUUACGCGAGGGUACAUUAUCUAAUCUAAUCCGAUCAACGGGCCGAGGGCUGUGCCAUUUUUCUACUUGCUUCUUUUUCGCUCAUAUGGGUAUCGAGACACACUGACCGAGCGCAGAGCCAGGAAUGUGAUGCACCUGCACAACUUUCCAUCCUGCGCAUGCGGCCAACGCAACGAACUGCGGCAAUGUUCGUUCCUGACUGUUUCCGAGUACGAACAUCUGCGAGACGCGUCAUUCCCCUGGUCCCGACGUCUGCACAGUCAUCUCUCACCUGCAUGUCCAGCCAGUACUUCAUGUUAUUUGCUGCCCCCAUGUUCGGCAGCAGCGGGCCCGGUGCAGAUGGAGUGAAUGCCCCCGGUAUGUCGUAGUGCGAAUCCUGCUCAUCAUCGAUGCAGGUAUGAGGCAUGAGGAUAUCAACGGUGACGAGUUUCGUGCUACUUGUCGCUGCCUCGCGCAAGUUCUGGAGGAUCUCCCACGCUUUAGUGUCGUCGUAAUCGUGCAUGAUCCAGCGCAACAAGAACACGUCUGCGUCGCGGAUGGGUUGGGCGGAGAAGAAGUCGUGCUCCUGCAGCCUCACGCGGCCGCUUGCGAUCAUCUCGUAAGGCCAGUACUACAGGACGCUCUUCAGCACGCUGCAAUCACGGAUUAACACAAGCGAGCGAACCUUGUGCGCGACGGAGAUGACGGAGGUGCGGUCCUGCACCACGAGAUUCAGGUGGGGGACGUUCUUCGCGAUGAUGAGAGAAGUCGCGCCGACUCCGCCGCCUACGUCGACGACUGUUGCGCUCACGGGCAGCUUCGUCCAGUCAAACCCAGCGAGUAUCGCAGCGGGGGGCUCCAGACGGGUGCUGCAUGCCAUCGCCGAGGAAAACCGGACCUUGAGGUGCGCCUUCUUCGGCUUGUCAUAGUAGUCGAAGAUGAACAUGUUUGUCUGGAACGCAAUGUUCCAUGGAGAAUCGGUCGCUUGAGUUGAAUGCGCGGUGCAUGGAGACAGGAAUGCUUCGGUAAGGAACGCGGAGGACUUGAGCCCUUCGUCCGCGCUGCAAAGUUGCGGCGACUCCAGAUGAGUUUUCGUACCGGGCCUGCGGACUGGAAUUUGGGGACUUGCCAGAAUCAAGCACUGACGAUAAUCGAUUCGUACAGAAAACAUCCCGUCGAAUUUCCCGAAAAACGUGGUGAUUUGCAAGGAGGCGGAGAAUGCGGCCUUUGAGCAUGUAAAUUCGUCAUCUCCCUGCUAUGAGAAUCACGGACCCAGUUUCUGCGGGGAAGUCCCAUUGAUCCUUGCGAUGUCAUGUAUAUGGAUGCCCUGAUAUCCGUAUUCAUAUAUGCUCACUGGAAAGACUGUUCGUACACACAUACCUUGGGCCCAGCUCUUCCCACAAUCUCGACGACGUUGCUCUCGAUUGCUGCACGCAAACACGAUGGAAGGUGGUACUUGUGAUAUAUUCUCUACCGGCGUCCGGACCAUCGCUAUCAUCUGCGAGGCCGCCGCCACGAUUUGUGACACCGCGGAGAGCAUGUCCGUUUCACGAAGGACGGAUUCUGCCUCUGUGUGCGGGUCGAAUGGGGUCGCGAGACUGGGAAACGCCAGGUUUCUCGAUGCGAGACGGGUCUCUAUGCUGUUCACGGAGUUGAGCAGAAGGUCGGCGAGCGUUCUGAGUUGGGAUUUCGUAGCCAUGACUGUGAACAAUAGAGUAUCUCUCGGGCUGAGAAUUUA